AUGGUCUGGAAAGAGAUAGACAUGCGCAUACUGCGGCUGCAACGGCACUGGACACACGGCGUCAUGGGUGCCGCACAGAGCGACAACGCGAACUUGACCAAGGCGGAACUAGUGAUGAGGAUAAAAUCGCGUCUGGCCACCGUCGACCCCACCAAGGCGAAGGAAGUGGGGGGUGUGUUCCUAUUCAACAUAAUCAAAGGGACCUCCGUGUACAGCUGGACCCUGGACCUGAACAACGUUACGGUAUACGAAGGAGAGCCGGAGGAAGAUCCAGAUACCACGUUCACGCUAAAUGAGCACUACUUCAAGCAGCUGGUGAGCGGCAGUGAAGAUGCCAGGGCCAUCAUGCAGGCGGGGCGGUGCUCUGUCACCGGUGAUAUCAUGAGGGCGAUGAAACUAGAGCCUUAUAUUAAGAUAGAU